AUGUCUGGGAACUGGCGUUGUUCCGAGCCUUCAACUUGCCUUCCUUGGAAGAACUCACCGUCGAACUUUUCGGGGAGGCCCGGCAAUGCGGAAGAUACUUUUCACGAUUUCUUGGAACGUUCCAGUUCUCCCAUAAAAAAGCUGAAACUUGCACUUAAUACCCAUUACAUCGAUUUUACCAGAACAUUUGACAUGGCAUUUAGGGUCACGCAGUUGGACAUUGCACUACCUUCUCCAAUCGCAGCGAUAUCCUUCUUCCGUGCCCUCGUCCCUAUAAGGGAUGGGAAUGGUGUCCUUCCUGAACUGCAGUCUCUGAAAGCGAACUAUUCCCGCAAAAACUCUCAUACAUAUUACAUUACCACGCCUCUCGAUAAUAGUCGAAUGUCUCUUCGCACUCGUUUGGAGGACGUAUCAGACUUGCCUGACCAUUUUUCAACUAAAGAUGAAAAAGGCAGUAAGUCUAAUCAUCGUGACGGUGGUCAAACAACUCGUCCUGUCAUUAGGCACUUUGAUUUGUAUGGUUAG